UUCUACUGUCUGUCAAAAAAACCAAAUUUGUAUUUCGUUCAGUUUGAAAUUGACUUUUUUGGUUGACUUUAUUCCGCACGUGAACAAUGAGCCAACGCUUUUAUUUGCUACUCGAGCUGCUGUAUGGAGUCGCGCUCCUGACAGCCAUUGCCGCUGCUCCCGACAUCGAGAUAAAGCUACGCCCCAGAUACGAUGAAAAGCUCAGCAUUACAUAUGACUUACGGAUCACAUAUGGCUUCCCGGACAUAGGGACCACCAUUAUCAAGGCCCUGCUGGUGACCUUCCUGGCCAUGAUGCCCACGGUGACGAUGCUGCCCCAACGCCUCACCAAGUGGCGUCUCUUCAAGUUCGUGCCCCUGGCUCCCUGGAUACUUAUGUGCUGUGUAAAGUUCCCCCAGCAUGUCAUCAGGCAUAUAUUUACGAUCCGCCAUACGGCUGAAUACAUGAACACCUUUCCAUUGAGCAUGGUUUUGGCCAUAUACAUCAUAUUCUUCGUAAUGGCCAUUGAGUUGGCUUGGCAUUGGAUUGUCUAUGCGCACAUGUGCAUUUCUGGGUAUGUUAUGGUAAAGAAUAGGAUCUUCUGACUUGACCUCUCGUAUUCCUUCGCAGCCAGGAUAUAAUUUGGGAUGCUAAAUUCAAACAAAAAUAUAUAUUUAAUAAUUAAAUACGAGCUAAAUAAAUAGAGACUACUAUUUGGAAACAGA